CCAUUCCUUUAAAGCUUCCACUUCCCCUCAUCUGUUUCUCACACUCUUGUUUCUUUCAACACAAAAACAGUUCUUUGUUUAAAUCAGUCAGAAAUAUCGCAAAGUUUGGAUCAUGGAUACUCAUGCAGUACAAUCUCGUGUUGAAGGUGCGGAUGAGGAGCCCCAUGAGAAGACGUCGGUUUUGAAGAAGGUGAAGGCGAAAGCGAGGAAGAUGAGGGAUACUAUCACAGGGCAGGGCCAGCUUGGCCAUGAACCCGAAGGCCAUCAUACCCCUGAUGAUCAUGAUCUGGAUGAGGAAGAUGUAGACGACCCAGAAGUUCAAGGUGCACCAAUAUAUGACUCGGCAGUUAAGAAAACUGAUGCUCACGUGCAAGGAGACGUUUUGAAGGUGCCUAAGGUGAAUUUCGGAGACACUAGAGCGGGGCAUGAUGAGCAUGAACCUGUAGUUGCAAGGGAGAGGCCUAAUGUCAAUGUCAGUGAUCCAACGAGGUCUAAUGUGCCUGGGCUACAAGGAACUACAGGCCACGGUGCAAUGCACAACUCUGCCGCGACUAGGAGGACUGAUGCUCCUGUGCAAGGAGGCAUUCAUUUCGGAGAGACGCACCAUGAAUAUGAUCCUGUAGCGCCAAAAGAGAGGUCUAAUGUCGGAAUAAGUGAUCCGAUGAGGGACUCUGUGCCUGGGCAAGAUCGAACUACUACAGGGCAGGAGGAUCUUUUGGGAGGAGCAAGGACCAAACCGGCUGCUCCAACAACUGGACCUGUUCCUAAGCAUGAAGAGCCAAAGGGAUUGGUUGAUGUAACUGGGGGAGGUCCUCAGACUAGGGUCAAAUUGGGGCAGACUGAUGUACUAGGGGAAGGGACUCCUGUGCCACAGAGUUACCCUGUCUCUUCUGGAACUCAAAGAAGUGCCAUGGACGUCGACCCUAAGCAGACAUUUGUUUCCGGCCAGGGAGGGCAGUUAGGUCAGUCCAGGGUCAAUCCUCAAGCUUACACUCCUUCAAAUUACGAGACCGAAGCCACUGAUCCCACUAAAUCUGGUGGUGAGGAAAUUGGAGUCACACCAAUGCUUCAUUCCUUCGAUAAGAUGAACCUUCAGGGUGAUGAUCGCCAAUACUUGAAGAACGGUGACAAACAAAACCCGUCUACCGGAAGUCAUGACCAAUUCUCUCCUGAUAAACCAUCGAACCAGGGCAGCAGCUACACUGAAAAAAUCUCAUAUGCCACUUCAGCCAUUGCUGACAAGGCAUUUUCGGCAAAGAAUGUAGUUGCUUCCAAGUUGGGAUAUGGCGGGAACGAGCCUGAUCAUGAUGACUUAUCGAGAGGCUAUGUUACUGGUGCUGGGAAGUCUGGUUCAUCACCUCAGAACAAAGUACUUGAUCCCUCUACUAACCAAUUCAUACCAGCAGAGACUCCACAAGUCCGAGGAACCAUCAAACCGGACCAUGACACCACAACUGAUCAAAAGCCAGUCCAGCCAGGCGGAUGCUACACUGAGAAGAUUUCAUCUGCCGGAUCUGCCAUUGCUGACAAGGCGAUAUUCACAAAGAAUGUUGUUGCGUCCAAGCUGGGAUAUGGGGCAAGUGAUCAGGUGCAUGACAGGGAAGAUGUUACUCGCACUAAUGUGCAGUCUGGAACAACAGCAGCGGAUCAACAUGGCAAGACGAUUACCUCUACAGUGUAUGAGAAGGUUGCCGGGGCAGGGACUGCUGUAAUGUCCAAGUUUCAAGGUGGGAGUCCUGUUAGUACUGGCAAGGACACUAGUACCGGGGUUGUUAAUAAAGCCGGACAGGACAAAGGGGGGGUGUCUGUGAAGGACUAUUUCGUGGAGAAGCUGAAGCCCGGAGAAGAGGACAAAGCGCUUUCGGAGGUUAUAAGUGAGACAUUACACAAGCCUAAGCCGGCUGUUAAGCAAGAGACUGGGUACUCUGCUAGUGCUAGGCCCAAGGGGAAGGUGACGGAGUCAGCGGAGGUGAGGCAGCGUUUGGGGAAUACGGAGGGGAAUGAGAAUUUUGUGGUGGACAAGAUUGAGGAUACUGUUGGUUCGAUGCUUGGUGGUACUGGUAAGAGUGAUGAAAAACGUGGGCAAGGUCUCUCUAGAUCUGCUGCUACCGGGGAGGAAAAUUGACGCGGUGUUUGUGUGGUGGAGCACCAGAGGCUACAGGAAUCCGGCAACUGAAGGAGGGCUACUACUAUAAGACUAUGGUGAAUAAUUAGUUGCUGGGAGUUUGUUUUGUGUAUGAUUUGAAACGCUUGUGUGUUGUGAUUUGACUAGACAAGGUUUUACUCCUGGCGAUGAUUAUGUAUGUAAUUUAUGUUACAGUUACAUUGUGUUGUUUGAUAUGAGUGCGAAAGUGGACAAACGGAACGCAUGAGGAGUUUGAUGUAAUGAAAUUUGGGUUAUUCGGUGUUUCAA